UCCUCAUCCUCCGGCUGGCCCCGGGAUUGUCCCCAAGCCGGGCUUUUCCUGGGAGAAGGGAGGGGUCCCGCUGUCCCCUGGCAUGGAACUGGCACCGCUCCGCCACCCCCGGGCCGGGCUCGCCGCUGGAUUCCCCAGGCUGUCCUGAGCCGCCAUGGCCACCAAGGUGCCGAUCUACCUGAAGAGGGGCAGCCGCAAGGGCAAGAAGGAGAAGCUGCGGGACAUCCUUUCCUCGGACAUGAUCAGCCCUCCGCUGGGCGACUUCCGCCACACCAUCCACGUGGGCAGCGGCGGCGAGGGCGACACGUUCGGGGACAUCUCCUUCCUGCAGGGCAAGUUCCACCUGCUGCCCCACGGCGCCGACGGGACCGCGCUGCCGCCGAGGCACGCGACGCCGCCGCCGCCCUUCGAGUUCUCGCGCACGGCCACCAUGUCGGGCGGCGAGGCGGCGGCGCCGUCGCCGCUGCUCAAGAACGCCAUUUCCCUGCCGGCGUUGGGCGCGGCCCAGGCGCUGACCCUGCCCGCGGCGCAGGCCCCGCCGAAACCCCCGCGGCUGCACCUGGACGAGGCCGCGCCGUCGUCGCCGUCGUCACCGUCACCAUCGUCGUCGCCGUGCCCGCGGCUGGCCGCCAACGGCGAGGCCGAGCCCUUCCUGUCGCACGCCGGGUCCCUGCUGUCCCUGCACGUGGACCUGGGGCCGUCCAUCCUGGAGGACGUGCUGCAGGUCAUGGACCGGCACCAGGCCGAGCGCGGCGCCGCCGCCCGGCCGGAGAUCCUGACGUGAGGGCGGAGGCGGGGGGAAAGGGAGAGGAUGAGGAUGGAGGAGGAUUUUGGGUGGUUUUGGAUGUGGAUCUCGGAUUCCAGCUCGGAUUCCCGCCUUUCCUCACGGUGAGGAUGAGGAUGGAGGAGGAUUUUGGGUGUUUUGGAUGUGGAUCUCGGAUUCCAGCUCGGAUUCCCGCCUUUCCUCACGGUGAGGAUGAGGAUGGAGGAGGAUUUUGGGUGUUUCGGAUCUCGGAUUCCAGUUCGGAUUCCCACCUUUCCUCACGGUGAGGAUGAGGAUGGAGGAGGAUUUGGGGUGGUUUUGGAUGCGGAUCUCGGAUUCCAGCUCGGAUUCCCACCUUUCCUCACGGUGAGGAUGAGGAUGGAGGAGGAUUUGGGGUGGUUUUGGAUGCGGAUCUCGGAUUCCAGCUCGGAUUCCCACCUUUCCUCACGGUGAGGAUGAGGAUGGAGGAGGAUUUUGGGUGGUUUUGGAUGUGGAUCUCGGAUUCCAGCUCGGAUUCCCGCCUUUCCUCACGGUGAGGAUGAGGAUGGAGGAGGAUUUUGGGUGGUUUUGGAUGUGGAUCUCGGAUUCCAGCUCGGAUUCCCGCCUUUCCUCAUGGUGAGGAUGAGGAUGGAGGAGGAUUUUGGGUGUUUUGGAUCUCGGAUUCCAGCUCGGAUUCCCGCCUUUCCUCACGGUGAGGAUGAGGAUGGAGGAGGAUUUUGGGUGGUUUUCGGACGUGGAUCUCGGAUUCCAGCUCGGAUUCCCGCCUUUCCUCACGGUGAGGAUGAGGAUGGAGGAGGAUUUGGGGUGGUUUUGGAUGCAGAUCUCGGAUUCCAGCUCGGAUUCCCGCCUUCCCUCACGCCGGGUGAGGGCUCGGCCUCGGGGGAGAAGCCCAGUGACCCCCUGAGCUCUCCCAGCCCCCUCAGUGCCGGAGCUGACCACGCUGGAUCCCGCCGGGUGAAUUCCCAAAGAUUCCGGCCAGGAGGAUUCGGGGUUUGUUCUCCACGGCUCUGACCCUCCUGAGCCACCACGGCGCUGUCACCUCAACCUCUGCUCCACGAAACCCUUUGAAAAUCCCACGGGUGGGGAAAUCUCCGCUGGGCUCCGUGUCCCUGCGGAGAAGCCAAAACUCCCCGUGGAGGAGCCGGGAUAACCUCUUGUUUUAGGAACUCGAUCCACAGAGGGGCCAAAAAACCCCUCUGGGGCCCAACCGGAGCGACUGGAAAUGGUCGAGGAGGCGCAAAACCAACCCAAAACCCCCGCGUGAGCCACAGGUGGAUCUGGCACCGAGGGAUCCCUCACGGAUUGUUGGGAAUGCCGAGGGAAUUCCAGCUGGAUUUUGGGGAAUAGGGACAAAAACCCUGCUGGAAAACGCUGCUGCUGGAGGAGCCACCGGGACAGGGUGGGACCUUGGCCGGGCUCCUGUCACAGAUUCCAUCCUUUCACCCAUUCCUGGCAGUUUGAGCCCAAAAUGAGGCCGGGAUCCCCCUUGGGCGGAGCCGGGGCCCCUCCUGACCCCGCUGGUGCUGCUCCUCAUUGCCUAAUUAAGAGUCUAAUUUAGGUUAUCUGACUAAUGACUCAUUAGAUUCUCGUUAAGGAA